GUCCUCCCUCACCAAAUCCCUCACAGAAACUAAGCAUGGAUGGCAGAAUAUCAUGGUCAGCAAUGGAGGCUGACUGCUUGGUUGAAAUCUUCAUGAAACUCGGCCUCGACGACCUUAUCCUUUCCGUCCCCUUCGUCUGCAAAUCAUGGCUCGCCGCUGUCUGCCACCCUCUCUGCUGGAAAAAGCUCGACUUCCGGCAACUCGACGUUCUUCCAUGGAGCAAUUUCUCCAAAACCUUCACUUUGCUCUAUUCCCUCCCUUACUUCUCUUUCACACACCUUCUAAAACUAGCCGUUAAGCUAGGCAGGAACUCUGUAACAGAGUUAAGUCUUCCCCUCAAAUUCAUUUCUUCAGAGGAUCUUGAAUUCAUUUCCAAUGAGUGCCCAAAGCUGAAGUCUGUUGCUCUGCCAAUUCUGAGCUCGGAUAAUGAAAUUCUGUUUUCUGAACUUAUGCGCAAAUGGAAAGAUUUGGAGCGGCUGGAGCUGAAAUUCAACCCUUCGAAUUUUGCAGAAUUGUUGAAGAACAUUAGCCAUUACUGCAACAAGUUUUCUGAGUUAACUGUUUCAGGGAAGAUAAGUGGAGAGGAUGCCAUGGCGAUUGUUAGUUUUCUUCCGGAGAUUAAAAAAUUGAACUUGAGCGGAUCUUUUCUGCCCAAAAAAGUGCUGCUGGUUAUAGUGGAAGGAUGUAAGGAGUUGCAGGAAUUGAACGUGAAUGGCUGCGUUGGUUUUAAAGGAGAUGAUUCGGAGAUCAGAGCUAAGGUUUCCGCCAUUAGAGAAUUCAAGGACAAGCACUGCAAACUCUAUUUGGAAGAUGCUUAUGAAUGUAUUAAAUGGGACAAAGGUUUCCGUUUAAACGGAUAUAUUUUAUGAUUAUUGAAUGCUGUGCGAAUCUCGGUUAUCUGAUAUUUGUAGUUGCAUCUAAAUUUUUCAUAUAUUUGAUCAUACUUUAUGAUGUAUAUGGAGAUUUCUUAUUCUUAUUUA